GCCCGGGGGCUCCGCAUGCUGCAGCUGCCCCCGGGCGCCCCCGCCGCCGCUCGCCGCGGAGACGCGCGGAGCUGAUCCCCUGAGCUAACCCGAGGCAGCGGCCAGGAGCCAGCCGGCGGGCGUCCGGGAGGCGGCGGCGCAGGGAGGGGCCCGACGGCGCACGUGGCCCCGGUGGCCGCCAUGGCGGACAGCGGCCCUGCCGGGGGCGCGGCGUUAGCGGCCCCGGCCCCCGGGCCGGGCAGUGGCGGCGCAGGGCCCCGCGUGUACUUUCAGAGCCCCCCUGGGGCUGCAGGUGAGGGCCCGGGCGGUACGGACGAUGAGGGCCCAGUGAGACGCCAAGGGAAGGUCACAGUCAAGUACGACCGCAAGGAGCUACGGAAGCGCCUCAACCUGGAGGAGUGGAUUCUGGAGCAGCUCACGCGCCUCUACGACUGCCAGGAAGAGGAGAUCCCAGAGCUGGAAAUUGAUGUGGAUGAACUCCUGGACAUGGAGAGUGAUGAUACCCGGGCUGCCAGGGUCAAGGAGCUGCUGGUUGACUGUUACAAACCCACUGAGGCCUUCAUCUCUGGCCUGCUGGACAAGAUCCGGGGCAUGCAGAAGCUGAGCACACCCCAGAAGAAGUAAGGGUCCCCGACCCAAGUGAAUGGUGGCUCCCACAGGACAAUCGCAGCCCCCCAACCUCGUAGCAACAGCAAUACUAGGGACCCUGUGGCCAGGCCUAGUGCCAUGAGCAGGGCUCCUUGUGCCCCUGGCCCAGGGGCCUCUUCCCCUGUCCUCAGUUUUCCACUUUCGGGGUUUUUUAUUGUUAUUAAACUGAUGGGACUUUUUGUGUUUUUAUAUUGACUGCGGCGCGGGCCCUUUAAUAAAAGCUAGGAUAUGCCUUUGGUG